AUGGGGUCAGGACCAAUAGAUCCCAGUGAGCUGCUCAAGGGCCUGGAUUGUUUGCUGGGGCAAAAGGGAGAAGUAAAAGCUGUUAAUGGAGUAACAAAAAUAUACAACUUGAUGAAAGAAUCUCAAAAGAUGGUCAGUCGGUGUAUUUACCUGAACAUCAUAUGCCAGACACAUGCCCCAGAACUACUUUCUAAGUUCAUCCGGGUUGGAGGAUAUAAGCUUUUAAAUGUUUGGCUGACAUAUGCUCGGAACAACAAAAACAGCCCUUUGCUUUAUCAAAUUCUGCUGACCCUUCAGCACUUACCAUUGACAGUGGACCACCUAAAGUUGAAUAACACAGCCAAGCUAGUGAAGCAGCUUAGCAAAACCAGCGAGGAUGAAGAACUUCGGAAGUUAGCACUUAUACUUGUCAAUGACUGGAUGACUGUAAUUAGGACCCAGAGUAAUCUUUUACCUGUUGAAAAGGAGAAGAAAAAGAAAAAGAAAGAUGAUACAAAAGGACGAUCUACUGUGGCUGAUAAGACUGCAGAAGCCAAAGCUGAGUCCUGUAUAGAUGACCAAGCAGAUAGAAAGAGAGAAAAGCCAAAAACUCUGCGCACUACUGCCCCUAGUCAUGCAAAGUUCAGAUCUACAGGUCUAGAGGUGGAAACACCAUCACAAGCUCCCAUUAAGAAACCAGCUUCUGUUCCACUUAUAUCAGACAAAUACUUGAAACCCGUUCCUGUAAAAAGACAAAGUUCGGUUCCACCACCCAGUGAUGCAACACCUGCAGAAAAGAAAUACAAGCCACUUAAUGCUACACCAAAUUCUACCAAGGAGAUCAAAGUGAAGAUCAUUCCUCCACAGCCUAUGGAGAGUUUAGGUUUCUUGGAUGCACUGAAUUCAGCACCAGUACCUGGACUUAAGAUUAAAAAGAAGAAGAAAGCGGUUUCUCCAACUAGCAACAAGCCAAGUCCAUUUGACAGCAAACCCCAAGGAGAUGUAGUAGUGGUCACCAAGCCCUCUUCUCCAGAACCAGAGCUCCUAGCUGAGGCAAUGGAAGUGGAACGACCUGGCACUCCAGUUCCUGUUGAACUUCCUGAGCCUAUGGAAACUACACCUGCCCCUGCUCCUGCCCCAGCAGAAGUGAAAUCUGCUGAUCCAGAAGUUCCUCAACUAACUAAAAAAGGAAAGAAGAGGAAAACGGUUAGCUGGCCAGAUGAGAGUCAACUUCGGGAGUACUUCUACUUUGAGUUAGAUGAAACAGAGAGGGUUAAUGUGAACAAGAUUAGGGACUUUGGUGAAGCUGCCAAACGAGAGAUGAUGAAGGACCGCCAGGCAUUCCAAAAUGCCCGCCGGCUUAGCCAUGACGCCAUGGAGGAAGCCAUUCCUUGGGUUCUUCCACGCCCAUUUUCACUCACAGGGUCACUUGUUCAAAUGGGAAGCAACAGCACAGAAAAGCACACGCAAGCUGAGCGGGAGAUGGGCAUUCUGCAAGAGCUUUUUCUCUCUAAGGAGAGUGUUCCUGAUACUCCACAUGAGCCAGACCCUGAGCCUUAUGAACCGGCGCCUCCAAAGCUCAUACCACUGGAUGAGGAUUGUUCUGUGGAUGAUAGCUCCUAUGUUGAAUCCAUGGACCAGAUUGGAGGGUCUCAAUCUCCAGACCUGUCAUCUGGUGCUAAGCUGCCUCCUGUACUUGUUAACCUAAUGGGCAGCAUGGGAAAUUCAAAGUCACAAACAAGCCCACUGCCAGGCACCAUGCAAGAGAUCCUGACUUCUAUCAUGGGUGCCCAGGGUAAUGCUAAACCAGAAGAUUUGAUGAAGCAACCAGAUUUCUCAGAUAAGAUUAAGCAGCUUCUUGGCUCACUGCAGAACCAGAGCCAGGCCACACCUACACCAGGUGAGAUUUAUUUUUCAGGGCCCAUGUCUGCUGCCAGUGGCUUUCCACCACCUGCACCUAAAAACCCACCACAGCAGCUGCCUCCGCAACAUUACCCACAGCCUGGGCCUGGUGGGCCAUUCCCAGGUCCACAUGGACCUCCUGGCGGUCCACGGAUGAUGGGUCCAGCUCCUCCACAACAUGAUGGUUAUUGGGAACCGCCACCAAAUGAAAUGAGAGGUGAACACCACGAUCCCAUGGUUGGGAGAGGAGGUGGAAUGCGGGGGGAUAGAGGACAUCCUCCCCCAUUUCACAGAAACCGAGGAAGCAGAGGAGGUGACCCAGGAUUCAGAGGACGAGCUGGAAGGGGAGGAGAAAGAGGGCCACCUGGACGUGGACGAGAAGGUCCACAUGGCAUGGGACAUGGUGGAGAGCAUAGAGGUUACAGUGGAGAACACCGAGGCCAUGGUGGAGAGCACAGGGGCCAUGGAGGAGAACAUAGGGGACAUAGUCAAGGUGGAGAUAUGUCCUGUCGACCUAUAUGUCGGCAUUUCAGGUACAAGGGUACCUGUCGAUAUGAAAACGAUUGUGCCUUCUAUCACCCAGGCAUUAAUGGACCACCUCUACCUUAA